AGGCAAGGGCGGCGUAUUGUUGAAUUAGAUGUGCUGGCCAAGGGACUGAGUGCUUGUGGGAAGUGUGGCUUGCCCCUCCAUUUGAACCACACCAAAGAAAUCCAGACUUAUGGUCUUGGAUCACUUUUAAAAGUACAAUGUUUUAAUACAAAAUGUAUGCACAUCAAUCAUAUCCCCACUGGAAAAAGGCAUGACAGAAUAUGGGAUGUGAACACAAAACUAGCUACGGGUUUAGUUCACUCCGGGAUUGGAGUAAGGCAGCUAAAUAGUUUGCUUUCUGAGAUAAAUAUACCAACUGUUUACUACAAGACUGUAGGUGCAAGACUGAGAGAGACAGGAGAGAUUGUUGAAAGAGUUGCAAAGCAGUCAACAGAUGAGGCUCUACAAAAGGAAGUAAAAGCAGUAGAAGAUACAAAUGGGAGACUUGCUGUUGCUGUCGAUGCAGGCUGGCAAAAAAGGGGAAGUGGAAAAUCUUAUGAUAGCCUAUCAGGCAAGGGUCACACAGAUGAGCAAUGUGGGCUAACUUGUGGCCCAUGGGCCUCUUCUUUUCUAGGUCACUGCUCUAUGGUAGGUCCGGAGACUGGACAAAUCCUGAAUUACUCAGUGCGCUCCAAAGACUGCAGAGUCUGCACUACAGCUGCUUCAAAAAAUGAAACAGUUCGACAACAUGAAUGCUCUAGAAAUUGGGAUGGGAGUGCUAAAGCCAUGGAGGCCGACAUGGUAAUCCAAAUGGUGAAAGAGGUUAAGGAUAAAGGAUACAAAGUAGAUGCUAUUGUUGGAGACGAAGACUCGACCACGAUAGGCCGUUUAAGAGCCAAUGUCAGUGAUGAAAUUGUUAAGAUUUCAGAUAAAAAUCAUAUUCGUAAGCUUCUUGGGAACUCCCUAUAUGGACUGAAGAAACAGCAUCCCAUGCUUUCAGUUAAAAUCAUAAAAUAUUUGCAGAGAUGCUUUGAUUACAUUAUUGCCCAAGGAAAAGGGAAUCCAUCACAGAUUGCAUCUGAUCUCGAGGCUCUCUCACUGCAUCCAUUUGGUGACCACCAUACCUGCUCCUCACGAUGGUGUAGAUUUAUUAAUAAUCCUAACUGCCUUUACAGAUCGUUUCCUUAUGGUAAACCACUUUCAAACCCACACCUUCAGUCAUCUUUGAAGAGGAUUUUUUCCACAUAUUCGGAACACAGUGUUAAACUUUCUUCACUUGGGAGUACUCAAGCUAAUGAAAGCUUUAAUCGUAUGGUGGCAGCAAAAGCACCAAAGAAUGUCCAUUACAGUGCAACGAGAAACCUUGCCUACAGAGUUGCAGCAUGUGUGGCACAGAAAAACACUGGCCAUAAGUACCUUGUAAAUGUAAAUCGCUCAUUAGGACUUUCUCCUGGCCAUUUUACUGAGCGUCUUGCCAAAUUGAGGGACUCGCAGAGGCUUAAACAAAGAGCUAUUGUCAACUCCCACAAAUUUAAGAGGAAAAGGCUUGCAAAGAAAUCCAAAGAGUAUAGAAAGAAUGCAUGUUUGGAGAUUAGAGAAGGAACAUCUUACCAGCCAGGCUGUACCCUGAUGUCUCACAUCUCUAGUGAUAUUCAGAGAAUACCACCACCUCUUGUACAACCUGAAUACAUAUCCAUUGAUAUAAAUCAACUGAAUGAAUGCCAGUUUGCCUUCUUUGAUAUAGAAACAACUGGACUUGGCAGAGACUCGAAUAUCAUACAGUUGUCUGCUGUACACACUGAUGGGGAUUUUUUUAACUGUUAUGUUAAACCUGAAAAGAAGAUUUCUCCUGCAGCCUCGAAAGUGACAGGUUUAGAGUUUGAAAAUGGAAAAAUGUUUCACAACAACAGACAAGUUGAAUACCUUGGAAUCCAAGAAGCAUUACAGAAACUCUUUGCAUUUUUGGAAAAGUUUGAUAAAGUCAUAUUAGUUGGACAUAACUGUAAGGCUUUUGACAUUCCAAUUUUGCUGUCAGCAUUGGAAAAUAAUAAUUUGUUAGAAAGCUUCAUGUCAAUUGGAGUUGUUGGUGUUAUUGAUACCCUUCCUCUCUUUAAGGUGUGUCUUCCAAGCCUGUCAUCUUACUCCCAGCCUAAAGUGUAUGAAACAGUUUUUGGUGAUCAGUACAAUGCACAUGAUUCUUUAGAAGAUGUUUUAGCCUUAUGCCGUCUUUUAGAAAAGACUAAUCCAAGCAUGGAGUUCAAAUCCAAAUUUUCAUUGUCACUACCAUCUGUUGUUGCUAUGUACAAGUUCAAAAUGCAAGCAAAAUCAUUGUGUGAAUCCCUGAAUCCCUUAGUACAAGCAAAGGUAAUUUCAAAAUGUAUUGCUUCCAAAAUAGCCAAUAGUGGACUGGCUCUUUCCCACCUGCUUUUAGCCUUUAAGAGGGAUGGUCAACAGGGCUUAGAAAAUCUUUUGUCAGAAAUUUGUGAACACUCAUUAAAAGUGCGAGUGACCAAGUCAAAAAGAAUAAUUCAGUCCAUAUUGCAGUACUUUAAUUGUUUAGAGGAGUAG